UCCAUAUUUGGCAACAAAACUAGGAGAUAAACCCAAAAACCCAAAAGAAAGUUAAAGUCGAGCUGGCUGUCUUUUACUCACAAGAUACAAUAGAGAACUUGCGAAGUUAUCAAUGCAAGAAGUUCAUCCGACGGCUGUAAUCAUCUGAAAAUCUCCGUCAACCGCUCGAUUAAAGCGGUCGUCCCCCUCAAUUCCUUUCUUCCACUCGAAUCAACAAGUUGUUCGAUCAAUCCUCCAUCUCUGUUCUCGCGCUGCUCAAGAUUCAUCAAAAGAAAGGUGAGAAAACGAGAAUCUCUUCGAUUUCUCUUCGUGAAUUUCUUCAAGUUUCGUUACAGAAACUUCAUAGUUCUCCUUUAUCUCCCCUUCUUUUUUCUGGGUCCCGAAGUUCGUGAUGUGCAUCCCUAAAUCAUAAGAUUUCCUUCAUGAUUUUGUCCAAUAUCCGAAUCCCACUUUGCUUUUUCUGUUGUGAAGUUCGAAACCAUCUCGAUCAGUUCAUUAUUUGAGAAGUUGUCUCCUUCUUGCACAUGCAGAUAUGGGAUUCUGGACCUUCUUGGAAGGGCUUCUGUUGUUUGCAAAUGCCUUCGCAAUUCUAAACGAGGAUCGUUUUCUUUCUCGGAGAGGAUGGACAUUGGCAGAGAUGUCGAGAGGAAGACGAAACACGCUCAAAGGGCAGGUAAUAGGGCUCAUCCAUGCAUGCCAAUUCUUGAGACUUCCACUCAUUCUUUUCAACAUCAUCAUCAUCGUAAUCAAGCUCUUCUCUGGUUGAUUCAGUGUACAAAAUGAAAUAGAUCUUGAAGCAUGACAUAAUCGUAUUGAGUGAAUAACAGUUUAUCUUACAUGAGAGUGGCAGUAUUAUUCAGAAGAAACAGAGCACUAGACAUGAUAUACUAAUACAUGAAUAUCAAACACAGAAUGCGUAUGAACAUUAGGAAUCAAAUCA